AUGUCACUGACGAAUAAUCUCCAAGAUAGCGUGCUCGAUCUGCAGAACACUUUACACGAUGUUCUCACUCAUCCCAGGCUGAUGACCCAUGUCACGAAGACUCAUCAGGCGAAUGUACAUUCUAUCUAUGAGACUGCCGAAUCAUCAAGCCGCAGGAAGAGGCGGAAACUUACGGUUUCCGAGCCUAGCAUUGAGCAUGCAGAUGUUACAGCUCUGGCGCUCAGCAUGGACAGCAUCAGACUCAAGAGUUGGCCCUUAACGCUACAUUCUGCAUCGUUUAUACGACCCCCAAAACAUUCCGAUCGGAAUACCUUGAUCCAUGCGAAGGAGUUCAGCAUGGCUAACGGCAUGCAGGAAAGCCGCGAGGCUCUGAUCUUCAUCACGAUUUACAAUAAACUCUCAUGGGGCCAUCGCCAGCUGUUUCGCUCGUCACAGCACGUUUUACUGUCUUCACAGACGCUUAGCGAUCUUAUAGCAGUAAUUCCGUGCCCUUCCACCGAGAUCCCGAAGGAGAUCGCGGACGAAUCCAUCGAGGACCCCGAGUAUGGAGUAAAUAUUUCUGCUUGCAGCUCGGACUGCGUGGUUUGCAUUGAUGGGCUGUUGUAUGGAGGUAUCAAAGAUGUUCAAGAUUAUUCUGAGGGAAUACUCAAGUUGUGUACGAUGCAGAACGAUGGAGAUGACCACCAGCAACUGAAACGUGGUACGUCUAUACACGAGACGACCUUUGCAUCCCUAUCAGUCCACUUGCACAAACCAUAUUGGUUUCUUCACGCAGGCAACUGCGAACAUUACUUUGUGGUUGAUCAGAUUCGAUCCUCCAAGGACGCGAUAUCCAUUAACGACUCAGCUGACACCCCCGCUCCUCGAUCUUUGUCGUGCAUGUUCCAAGGUUCCCGCGGUGUAUGCGAUCCACGGGGAUAUCAGAUUGGGGGAAAGCCCCUUCGUAAUCUGUGCCCCUUGUUGGAGAUGGAUGGGUAUGCCAACUGA